UUUACAGCGUUCAUUUCACUCGCGGAAGACGGAAAAAACGAAACUUUGCCUUGUUUUGUUUGGAGGCGACAGGAAAACCUCAAGCCCUCCAGCCAAACAAACGAAAACAAGUCCAGAUGUUUCAUGUCUGAGGGUCGCUGUCAUACGAGAACAGACCAGAGGACUCAUCCCGCUCUUCGUCCGAGAUCUCGCUUCAUAUUCGAGGCAGCACUAAAUUGGUCUGGCUGGUGAGAAUGGAGCUGAAGGCUUUAGUUGGAGGUCUUUUCCUGAGUUUGCUUGUUCUCUGGAAUGUUUGUGACUGUGUUCAAUCUCAUCAGGACGCGACCGAGACCGUAAUCAACCUCUUGGAGGUUCUUAACGUCACUCGCUCUACCCGCGGGGUGUCUAAGGUCAAAGGUCGUGACCCAAAGACGCCGGCCUGGCGUUUCCGUUCCAACACGCCUCAUCUCAAACUACCCCAGACAUUUUUGGACUACCUCUUCAACACCUCACAGGGCGUCCUGGGUUUGCACCUGGUGGGCCGUCAGAGCAGAGGCUCGGAGGCCACCCUCAUCUCCUUCACCUCCUCCACCUUCCUGCAGAAUGGCGAUCGCCCCCUGCUGGAGCUCAUCUCCAACACAAAAGCAGACAGGCUGCAGCUGGAGUUCAGGUCAGCGGACGGCAUGCAGCCGGAGGUGCUUAAGUUGCCCGCCGGGAGUCCCUUUACGAGCAGAGGUUGGGUGAGAAUGGCUCUGAGUGUGGAGCCCAGGCAGAUGGUGCUGUAUGUGGACUGCCAGGAUGCCGUGGUGCUCAAACUGAAAGAAGGGGGACGAAUCCUGACUCUGGACUUCCCACAUGAUCUGCAGGUUAUUUUCUCCAGCACUGCAGGAAAAAAGGCCAGCAAGUUCAGUGGUGGGUGGCAGACGGCUGAACUCUCCACCAGGGCAUAUGAGAGGCGUCCGUGGUUCUGUGACAAUGUAACAGACUCCCUUCCAGACACAGUCAUUCCCAUCAGUCCCACCGCAAACUAUAACCUGGAUAUGAUGCAAGAUCAGGGAGACCGUGGAGAUGGCAUAGUAUCAGCUACAAGAUCCCCCAUUGAAUCAAACAUGCGUCUUGGCCAACUGGAGAACAACCUGCAUAACAUCAAGACCAUGCUGGACAUGCUGAAGAGACAGAACACGGACCUGCAGGCGAGAGUUGACUACCUGGAAACGUGUGAGUGUUCGAAACGGAAUUGCGUGUGGGAGGGACGUGAGAUGGAUGAGGGGUCCCGCUGGUCUCCUGACAGCCGCACUGUCUGUUACUGCACCCAUGCGAAAGUUCAGUGCAACCGCUUGAAUGAAUGCAGCUUUCAUGGCGAUAUCUAUAGAAAUGGUGAUGUCUUCAGCCCAGACGACUGCAACCGCUGUUCAUGUGAACAUGGCAGAGUAGAGUGUAAUGUGAAUCCAUGUCCAUCACAGUCCUGUCAGCAACCACCUGCUCCUCAGACAACCUGCUGCCCUGUCUGCCAAACAAGAUGUGAACAUGAGGGUGAAAUCUAUGAGAACGGGAAACAGUUUGUGUCGAGAUCAAACCCUUGCCUCAAGUGCAGCUGCUCUUCAGGGAAUAUAGUCUGUAACACUGAGACGUGUCCUGAAAUUGCCUGUAAUUUGGUGGAGACUGUAGGUGGGCAGUGCUGUCCCAGGUGUCGAAGUUGUGUCCAGGACAAUGUGCGGCACCAACACAGCUCUCAGUGGAAGCUUCCUAAUGACCCCUGCACGACCUGUACAUGCACGGAGGGUCUGGUUCAGUGUGAGAGUGAGCGCUGUAAUAUCCGCUGUAAUAGCCCAGCCUCUCCUCCUCCUGGAUCCUGCUGUCCUGUCUGUGACGGUUGCAGUUUGAAUGGAAUAGAUAUCUCGAACGGGAUGACUCUGCCGCCGGGACCCACAUGUGAUCCCACGUGUAAAUGUGAGAAUGGAAAUAUUAAUUGCGUUCAGUACCCACCCUGCCCACCGACUCCCUGUCAUAAUCCAGUCAGGAGACCAGGAGAAUGCUGUGCACGAUGUGAGGAGUGCACUCAUGAGGGCGAGGUGUACACAGACGGUCAAACCUUUGUGUCCAGACAGGAUCCAUGCUUAAGAUGUCAGUGCUCGGGUGGACAAGUGUCGUGUGAAUCUGCAACAUCUUCAUGUCUGUCUGCGAGUUGCACGCACCCAACAAAACCACAUGACCAGAACAUGACAAAAACUGAGAAUGGUAACGUGAGAUGUCAUCAGGAAAGAUGCUCACUUUUGAGCUGUGCCGUUCCCAAUCCAGCCCCUCCUAACACCUGCUGUCCAGUGUGCAGCGGAUGUACUUGGAAUGGUGUUCAAUAUGAAGAAGGAGCCACAUGGACUGACGCUGGCCAAACAUGUUCUUGUGUGGGUGGACAGGUGACGUGUAGUAGGCCUAAAAGGGGCUCGGACUGUCCCAAACCGACCCCCGCACCCUUCCAAAAUCCCCCAGGUGGAGAUUGCUGUGGUGACUCCUGUGGGCAGUGCCAAUACAAUCAGCGCUUGUAUGAAAACGGCCAAACGUUCAAGGACCCGGAGGAUGCCUGUAAGACGUGCACCUGUCAGGAUGGUCAGACAAGUUGUGCUAUGCCUGCAUGUCCCCAACCGAGGUGUGCUAAUGCAUACACUCCUCCUGGAGAGUGCUGUCCCCGGUGUCCAGACUGUGAAUAUGAUGAUAACCACAUCAUUACUAAUGGAGAAUCAUUUCCAAAUCCUUCGAAUCCAUGUGAGGAUUGUGUUUGCCAAGACGGACGUGUGAACUGUGGGAAUCGUGAGUGUCCGAGGCCGAAUUGUAACUAUCCCCGGCCGGGGACGUGCUGCCAAAACAACUGCAAUGGCUGCAUGUAUGAUGGCCGGGAGUAUCAGAACGGUCAGGAGUUUCCAGACCCCGAUGAUCGCUGCGGUCGUUGCGUGUGCAGGAAUGGUCAGGUGACCGACCACAGGAGGCCAUGUCCAAACCCAAGAUGUAGUAACCCCAUCACCCGGCCGGGCCAGUGCUGUCCAGUGUGUGAUGCCUGCAUGUAUGAUGGCCGGGAGUAUCAGAACGGUCAGGAGUUUCCAGACCCCGCUGAUCGCUGCAGUCAUUGCGUGUGCAGGAAUGGUCAGGUGACCUGCAACAGGAGGCCAUGUCCAAACCCAGGAUGUAGUAACCCCAUCACCCAGCCGGGCCAGUGCUGUCCAGUGUGUGAUGGUACCGUAUAA